AUGAGCUCGGUUGCAAACAAUCUAAAGCUUUCAGAUGCAGAUAUUCCUGGUUCAUCACUAAGUGGGAGAGCUCCAGCCAAUUUAAAAGUACAAGAACUAAAAUUCUGGCUAAAAUGCAGAGGAGAUCCCGCCAAAGGUCACGUGAUUCGUGCAGGAGGAGCCCUGGUACUAGGACAGGAGCAAGACUCAGUAGGAGGAUCCUUCGAAGUCAGUCAAAGUUUUAUCGGUGAAAUGACAGGUGUCAACAUCUGGGAUCACGUGAUAAAAGACCAAGAUAUCGCUCGCAUGUCUAAGUCGUGUCUGACAGGGGUGGGAAACGUAUUUCAGUGGCGCGACUUCAAAGCUCACAUCAAGGGCUCAGUGAAGAUAACUAAGCCAUCGUGCUAA